UCGCAAUGCAAUAAGGCAUAACAUUUCAAAUUCCAUUUGUUAUAAAGAGCCAUCUCAAUUCACCUGUCACUGUCAACGGUGAAGUAUAGCCUUAUAUGCCAUCUGCCAAUAUCACGGUACUUUAACGUAGGCCUACCUACUUGCCAGAGUUUGGGUGUAACAAACGGUCGUGUAAGGCUACAUAACUUUAGUGACAAACUGCAUUUAAAAAAAACACGUUUUUUUUGUUGGCAACACCCGUGUGCUGAUAGUGCAAGCCGGGACAGCUUCUUUUCCACUGCCUGUCUGUGAGUAGGACAGAGGGGCGCAACGUUGGCACUGCUCACUGCUGCGCGUCCCUCCUGAAAUCGAAUCAUAGGCUCCGCGAGGAAGAGAGGGCAAGCACCGCCACCAAAUCAAACGAAGCUGUGGCUAGAGAGAGAGCGAAACGCCCUAAAUCUGAUGCCUUUUUCCUUCACGUCACCGUAUUUCUGUAACUUGUUCGGUAUGUGUGACCACUGGAUACGCUUUUUGUCAUCAUGCAUCACCACAUACAAGAAGAUGCCUCCGCCGGUACCGCCGCGCACAACCCCGCCCAAGCCCUUUAUCUCCAUCACGGCCCAGAGCAGCACCGAGUCGGCCCAGGACGCCUACAUGGACGGGGGGUCAGGCCCCCGGACCCACAUCAGCACCUCCCAGCCCGGCCUGUCCAACUCCAGAGAGAGCAUCGACAGUAUGAAGGCCCUGACGGCAGCCAUCGAGGCAGCUAAUGCCCAGGUCCACGGCCCAGCCAGCCAGCAUGUCACCAACAGCACCAUCACCGCCACCAACAUUGCCUCCACCAACAGCAAGAGAGACACCCUGCGGAAGUGCCUCUCCAUAGGGAUACAGGUGGAUGGACCAGAGGAGGUUGGGGGGACAGAGGAGCACUCCAAGUUCCAGUCAGUAGGCAUCCAGGUGGAAGAGGAGAGAUGUUAUCGCAGGAUGACCAGGUCCAACAGUGUGACCACGGCGGUCCAAGCCGACCUAGACGACCCUGACUACUGUCCCGUCGACGCCCCAGAGAUGGUGAUACGCCACUCGGCCACCAUGCCCCGCCAGUACUCCCGAGACGCCGCCACCUCUACCGUCUCCAUCCAGGGCUCGGGCAACCACUACCACGCCCUGACCGUGGAGGAGUACGGCGAGGUGGGUUUGGACCCAUCCAUCCUGCCCCCGCCAGACCCCUGGAUGGACCAGGUGGAAGACCCCAUGGAGGUGGUGGUGGGGGGACGGGGGUUGAUGUGUUCCAGGGACGGGAGGUGGUUCCUGAAGCUUCUUCAAGCCGAGAUGGAGCGCAUGGAGGGCUGGUGCCGGCAGAUGGAGCAGGACGAGAUGGAGAACGAGCUGCCGGAGGAGAUACUGGGGAAGAUCCGCAGUGCAAUAGGGAGUGCCCAGCUGCUUAUGUCUCAGAAGUUCCAGCAGUUUCGGGAGCUGUGUAAGGAUAAUCAGAACCCCAAUUCCCACCCGAGGCCCAGUUCCCAGGACCUAGCAGGCUUCUGGGACAUGCUGCAGCUGUCCAUCGAGAACAUCAGCCUGAAAUUUGAUGAGCUCCACCAACUCAAAGCCAACAACUGGAAACCCCUGGACCCCCCAGAGAUAAAGGAGAGAAGGUUUGCCCCUGCAGUGCCAAAGAAGCCCCACAAGGGCCACCCUCCCCUGGCCAGGGACCGUUCUCUGGAGAGCUCCGAGAGACAGCGGCUGGAGGCUCGCAAACGCCUGCUGGCCGCCAAGCGGGCGCUCUCGGUCCGACAGAGCUCGGUCACCGAGAGAGCAGCAGACAGUAUCGAGAUCUACAUCCCAGAGGCCCAGACCAGAUUAUGAGACACACACAGAUAAAGACACACACACACACACACACAGACAGAGACACACACACACACACACACACAAACCGACACACCUUCAAAGGUACACACACACACCGAGUGACACUGUCAAGACACUCAUCUGCACUGAAUGGCGAGGGUAGGGUGCUUGUAAUAUAAUCACAUUUAUCGACUUCCACAAAAACGGUCACAGCAGCCGGUGGAGUGAGAAUAUUGUAUAUUUAUUAACUUUUCCUCUUCUCUCCAUUUGAACCUCUCCUUGAACUUUCAGCUUUUCAUGUAGCUCCCCCCACUCCUUACUCCCAAAGAUGUUUCUUCUUGUGAUGGCAACUCUUCUUACCGAUGUUCCACCAACCAAAAGGCCUGUUGUCACCCAAACAGGUAUACCAGUACCACGGUAUUGAUGCAUAAUGUAUAAUUGUUCUGAUUCCUUGGAACAGAAGGGCGGUUAGGGAGGGAGGGGAAGUGUACUAGUGGGUAUAGACCGAGCGCUGUCAAGGCAUACUAGCUAAUCCUGUUGGGUGUCAGACAGCCUGAGACAGUGGCUUGUGUCCCACAUGACACCCUAUUCCUUAAAUAGUCCACUACGUUUGUGAAUUACCUAGUCAAAAGUAGUGCACCACAUAGAAAACAGGGUGCUAUUUGGAAUUCAGGCCAGCCUCUCUCCUCUGGUGACCCUGGGGGAGGCUGUUAUUGUGACUCACAACACAAUGACAGCAGACAAUAGAGAAACUCAGUCUCUACUCCCCUGUUGGAUGCUACUGUCACAGGAUUUAUAACACACACAUACACACACGUGCAAGCACGCACUCACUCACACACACACACACACACACACACACACACACACACACACACACACACACACACACACACACACACACACACACACACACACACACACACACACACACACACACACACACACACACACACACACACACACACACCUGUUCUCGAGAGGUAAUUGACCUAAACCCGUUUGAGUAGUUAGGAGAGAACACCUGAGACAUAUCUAAGACCUUCUGGAGACACAGUACAAGGCAUCAAGACAUCUAUGUAGCAGCGACCAUUGCAACUGUCAGUUUUAAAUUCAUUUAGGAGUCAAUUCGAUGUGAGUUGACUCAGUCAUACGUUGACGUCAAUGGGAGACUAAGUACAAAUGUCACUUAAGUAUAACUUAGGAUUCACCUCUUAUUAUUGAAAUCCAGGCAACAGCAGAUCUAUAUCUCUUGGCAUUAAAAUCACACACACAAAAAAAAAAAAAAAAAAAAAUUUUGCCGAAGAAACAAGGAUUGGUUUUGAUGCAACACCUAUGAACACCUAGAUGUUCUAUUGGAGCCACUUACUUUUAGCACUCCUUGUUUUGUUAUUGCAUGUAAAACUGCAAAGCCGAGAGACAGUAGCUGGAUCAACACAGUCGGAAGGUGUUUGAUCUAGACAAUAAUAUCAAUGUGCAAAAAUGACGUUGAAUUGUAAAAUCCAAACCUUUUAUAAAAUGGGAUUUGGGUAAAAGGAGUAGCGUAGUGAUUGAUAGUACUUACCAAUAAUCAAUACAGGUCUUUGUAGAGUAACCCCAAAAAAUAACUGAAAACAAGAAAGCCGGUAUGUGUCAGACAAUUACACUAUUCUUCGUGUUUCUCCAAAUGCAGUCUGUCCAGUUGGAGGAACAGUGGCUUGAUUCUGCUGCACUCUAUGUCUGUCCUUUAUGGGUUAUAGGUCACAGGGUCACGUCAAUCUGUCUACCCCCAGAUGUGGUAGGAUUCUGGGGGCCGACAGCACCAAUACCUGUCUGGCAGUCAGGUAUGGAGUUAGGUGGGCUCAUGACAAGCUCUCAGAGAGAGGUCAGUGCUACGAAAUCAGGGUCUGCCAGAAACAAAAGGUGUGUGUGUGUGUGUGUGUGUGUGUGUGUGUGUGUGUGUGUGUGUGUGUGUGUGUGUGUGUGUGUGUGUGUGUGUGUGUGUGUGUGUGUGUGAGAGAGCGUGUUUGCGAGAGCGGGUGUAUGUGUGUGUGUGUGUGUGAGAGAGCGUGUUUGCGAGAGCGUGUGUAUGGGAGGAUAUGUGUGUUAAAGUGUUUCUGAAGUGCUUCCUAUUUUUCAAGGUCCAAACGGGCCUUUCUUUUCACUAUGUACAGUAUGUGUCCCAAACGGCACCCUUUUGCCUAUAUAAUUCACUACUUUUGACCAGGGCUCAUAGGGCUCUGGUCAAAAGUAAUGCACUAUGUAGGGAACAGGGUACCAUUUGGGAGGCAGCCUGUGACUAACGUAGCAGAAGCCACAUACUGUUAGUACUUUCCUAAACAGGCCCUGCCUAUCAUUUUCAACUGAGCGAUAUAUGCCUGUACAAAGACAUUAACUGAAGAACAUAUUGCUACAUUAUACGCAUGCUGACACGAGCAAAUUGAUAUGUUGUCAUUUCAUUCUUGUAGUUUUUCACUUAUUUGACUGUUUAUCAUAUUGUGCUGAGAAUAUCAUUUGUCCCUAAGAAAAAAAAUCACCUAAUACUGAUGUUCCUUUACUUUAAGGCACCCUUUAUGAAGGAUGCCUUAAUGUAGUGUUUCCGUUGUUGUAUAUGACAAGGUAUUUUGUUAUUCUAUCAAAAAAGGGACAGUGGGAAUUAUUUUCUUCUUACAACUAUGUACUGUCUCAGCAUCCAAGCUGACCUUCAACCAUUUGAAAGUAAUAUGAAAAUAAUAUAGGGUUUUAAGUUGAAUGGUGUUUUAUAUCCACUAUUUCUGUAUUAAUCCUCAGAAACAGAUGAUUACUGUUUAUUAUUAAUAUUAUUAUGCACUGAUAAGGCCCAUAUGCUGUGUUUAUUGAUUAUUAUGAUUAUCUUUUCCGCUCUAUGAAAUGAAAGACACCUUUUAUUCUGUUUCGGUAAUCAGCCUUAAUUUAUAAUGUGAUAGUCGAGCACAAAUCAGCCUCAGGGGAAGAAAAAUACAUUGUAUGUGUGUGUGACGGGGGGGUGUGUGUGUGUGUGUGUGUAACCCAUGAAAAGGCUUCGUCUCAUACGGUAAACAUACCCAGUCAACAGGGUGUGCGUCCCAAAUGGCACCCUAUUCCCUACACAGUGCACUACUUUAUAUGGAAUAGGGUGUCUCAUACGGUAAACAUACCCAGUCAACAGGGUGUGCGUCCCAAAUGGCACCCUAUUCCCUACACAGUGCACUACUUUAUAUGGAAUAGGGUGCCAUUGGGGACGCACACCUGAACAUUACAGGUCUGCGGUUUAACGGUUCAGAUCAACGUCUCAUGAUUGAUUCCUUCGUCAAAAGACAGUUGCUACGUCUUCUCUGCAACUCCAAUCAGUUUGCUUUUCUUCAUAUGAAGUCAGCUACUCGUAUGGGUGAGACAAUCUUGAACUCACGGUCUUGGUUAUAAUCUUUCAAGGUGUGUGGGUGUUAAGCUAUAUUGAAACUGGUUUGACAUAGCUAGCGUUUUGUGAAAUUGGGUAACUGUUACCAAACAAGGACAAAAUUCCUGCUCUCCACGUAUAUGAGAAACAUGUUCAUGAUUGAAGUUUAGAGGAAAGUCCAAUUUGUUUGUGAUGGAACGCAUGUGACGAAGUAACUCAGCUGUAUGAUAUUUUUUAUUUUUAGUAACAAUGUAUUUUAGAGAGAAUAUUGAGAAGGUAACAAUGGUUAUGUACCUUUUUGCCCAUUAGGUUUUAAGGUAAUUUAAUACAAAUUGUGAUGGUCUUUAUAUUUUUAUUUCACCUUUUUAUUAUAAUCAAUUCAAAUGUCAGUCAAAUUAUGACGUUAUUUAUGGUUAUUAUAGUAACAUAUCAAAACCCUGACAUUGCAGGGUGAUUACAGGAAGUGGUAAAGAAUGUUGGAUUGUGGGAAAUGCCAAACUCAAGACUUUAACCAACCCUGGAGGAUGCUUAUGAUGUAGUCCAUGUAUAGGCAUAAAACCAUUAAAAUGAACAUUUGUAAAUAAAUGAAUGUUUCCCUAUGUAAAAACAAUCAAAAAACAUAUUAGGCAGAUAUACAUUUUGUAAUUAAUGUUAUUACACUGUUGAUGUUAUGGCACGUGUACGGAACUAGAUCAGCAUUAAAAACCUUGCCAUCAU